CGAGAGCGUGGGAGGAGGGACGGACGACAAUUUUUCGUGGUUGACUAAGUUUUAAAAAAAUCCACUUCCAAGGGCACAUCAACCAGUCAGCGAAGCCACUUGUUCCAGCAGGAGGUGGGAGCCCGUCGACCACCUCCCGCAGCGGACUCUCGGGGAUUCCUCCGGCCGAGUCCAGCCAGGAGGGUUCCCCGGACUCGGCGCGAACUGCCCGCCCCCUCCGGCGUCUCCGCCCCGCGCCGGGGCCGCCGGGCGCCGAGGGAGGCGAGGGUGCAGCGGCUGGAAAAUGAGCGGUGCAGGGAGGGUGGCGCGGAGCUGCAGCGCCCUUCGCGCUGCUGUUCCCGGGAGCGGCGGGAGGCGGCGGCUGCGGUGAGCGGGGUCGCGCGCGGACGCCGGAUGCCUCCGAAGAUGGAGAAGUUUCUGCAGAUCGCGCCUCACUCUCUGGCCAUCGUCCUGGGCCCCGCCGAGGGGCCGGCGGGUGAGAGGUCCGAGGCCGCCCGACCCGCGUCCCCGGCCCAGCCCCGGCAGCUCGCCCGGCACCACAUCGGCUACGAGAUCUUCGCCGACUUCAAAGCCGAGAACAUGCAGCACUUCUGGAACAAGAAGGUCACGGCCGCGGUGGCCGAGACGUUCUUCCUGGGCUGGAUCGACGAGCAGGUCCUGCUGAUCCAGGGCAAGGAGGAGCAUCUGGAGGCGCUGCGCGAGGGCUGGUCGCGCCGGGCGCUGCGGCCGCCCUCGGGCUUCCACAUCCGCUGCCUGGGUGAUGUGUCACCAAUCAGUAUGUCUCCCAUCAGUCAAUCUCAGUUUAUCCCACUCGGGGAAAUCCUUUGCUUGGCCAUCUCCGCAAUGAACUCGGCAAGAAAACCUGUCACCCAAGAAGCACUGAUGGAGCACCUGACCACCUGUUUCCCAGGUGUUCCCACCCCAAGCCAAGAAAUUCUCCGGCACACGCUGAACACGCUGGUCCGGGAGCGGAAGAUCUACCCGACUCCAGAUGGCUACUUCAUCGUAACCCCACAGACUUAUUUCAUAACUCCUUCCCUCAUAAGAACUAACAGUAAAUGGUACCAUUUGGAUGAGAGGAUACCUGACAGGUCUCAGUGUACCUCUCCCCAGCCCGGGACCAUCACGCCCUCUGCCUCAGGCUGCGUCAGGGAAAGAACGUUGCCCAGGAACCACUGCGACUCUUGCCACUGCUGCAGGGAAGAUGUGCACGGCGUGCACGCGGCCACCCUGCAGAGGAAGCCCGCCAAGGACUGCAAAGACCCGUACUGCCCUCCUUCCCUCUGCCAGGUGCCACCCACUGAAAAGAGCAAAAGUACUGUCAACUUUUCAUAUAAGACGGAAACUCUCUCCAAACCUAAAGACGGUGAAAAGCAGUCCAAAAAAUUCGGGCUCAAGUUAUUCCGGCUCAGUUUUAAAAAAGACAAGACCAAACAGCUAGCCAAUUUUUCUGCCCAGUUUCCUCCCGAAGAGUGGCCCCUGCGAGAUGAGGACACGCCAACUACUAUCCCUCGGGAGGUGGAGAUGGAGAUCAUUAGGCGUAUUAACCCGGACUUGACCGUGGAAAAUGUCAUGAGGCACACUGCACUAAUGAAGAAACUUGAAGAAGAGAAAGCGCAUAGGAGUAAAGCCGGGUCCUCCGCCCAUCACAGCGGAAGAAGUAAAAAGAGUCGGACUCAUCGCAAGUCCCACGGAAAGUCUCGGUCGCACAGCAAGACACGAGUGUCCAAAGGAGACCCGUCAGAUGGUUCCCAUCUGGACAUCCCGGCUGAAAGAGAGUAUGACUUUUGCGAUCCUCUUACCAGGGCUCCCCGGGAAGGCUGCUUCAUCAUCGAACACAAAGGUGAUAACUUCAUCAUGCAUAGCAAUGCGAACGUGAUUGAGUCUCAUUUCCCCAUGACUCCAGAAUGGGAUGUGUCUGGGGAAUUGGCCAAAAGGAGAACUGAGAUGCCUUUUCCUGAGCCUUCCAGGGGAAGCUCCCACUCAAAAGUGCACCGAAGCCACAGCCAUACCCAGGACCGAAGGUCCAGGAAUGAGAGAUCCAACAAGGCCAAGGAGAGGUCCAGAUCCAUGGAUAACUCCAAAGGUCCUCUGGGUGCUUCUUCUCUGGGGAUGCCUGAAGACCUGGCUGAAGGCUGUAGCCAAGAUGACCAGACCCCCAGCCAAUCCUACAUUGACGACAGUACUUUAAGGCCUGCACAGACUGUCAGUCAUCAAAGGGCUCACAUUUCGUCCACAAGCUACAAAGAGGUGUGUAUUCCAGAAAUAGUCAGUGGCAGCAAGGAACCUCCCAGUGCUUGCAGCCUCUUGGAGCCAGGCAAACCGCCCGAGGGUUUGCCAUCCUUUGGUGAACUCAGCUCUUGUCCAACAAAAACAGCUGCAGAUGACUAUUUCCAGUGUAACACCUCCAGCGAGACGGUGCUCACGGCGCCGUCACCUCUGGGAAAGAACAAAGAGGACCAUGACACUCUGACCCUGGCGGAAGGGGUGAAAAAGCUGCCUCUGUCGGACAGGCAGGCCCCACAUCCCUCCAGGGAGCCUGUAGGACACAAGGAGGAGUCGCCAAAGGGGCCGGGCGGGGUCCCAGCGGCUUCGGGCGCUGUGGCCGAAGGGAUUGCCAAUGGACGCCUCAUCCAGCAUCACAGUGCCGAGCCCAGCAGCCUGGACAAGAGGAAAGAGAUAUUCAGCAAAGACACACUGUUCAAACCUCUUCACAGCACCUUGUCUGUAAACAGCUAUCACAAAUCAAGCCUGUCCGUCCUCAAAUCUCACCCGAAGACACCUGCGGACACACUGCCAGGCCGAUGUGAGAAACUGGAGCCGUCCCUAGGGACCUCGGCUGCACAAGCCAUGCCAGCUUCCCAGCGUCAGCAGGAGUCAGUGGGGAACCAGGAGGCCUCUUUUGACUAUUACAAUGUCUCUGAUGACGAUGAGUCUGAGGAAGGGGCAAACAAGAACACAGAGGAGGAGAAAAACAGAGACGAUGUGGGCACCAUGCAGUGGCUCCUGGAAAGGGAGAAGGAAAGAGACUUGCAGAGGAAAUUUGAGAAGAACCUCACCCUGCUUGCCCCAAAGGAAACCGACAGCAGCAGCAGCCAGAGGGCCACCCAUUCAGCGCGCCUGGACAGCAUGGACAGCAGCAGUAUCACGGUGGACAGUGGAUUCAACUCCCCACGCACUCGGGAGAGCCUGGCUUCCAACACAUCAAGCAUUGUUGAAAGUAACCGUCGUCAGAACCCUACCUGGAGCCCGGCCCAUGGUGGAGCUGGCCCAGCCUUCAAUUUCCGAGCAAGUUUUCGGUCACAAGACACACCAGAAAUUUGGACUGUCAACUUUGAAGCACUUUGGGCCUCUCUGCCUUCACUACUUGCAUGCUACCAUAUCGAGCUCAGACUUCAUUUGAAUUAAAAGAGCUGUGCUUUGUAUCCACAACUUCUGUUCCAUAAAUCGUAUUUCAUUUUAUAUAUUUUGCACAUCUCAGGGGACCUUCGUAAGCAUAUGAAAAGGGGGAGGGGUCCAUCAAAAAAAGGAAACAAAUAAGAAGAGCAGAAAGAGGGCUAGCUGGAUAAAAGUAACAAAUGACUGCUUCUCCAAUGUUGUGAAGUUCAAGUUCAGGAAGCAUCCAUUGAAAGUUAAUCUGGAGUCACAACAAUCUGAACACCAGCUGUUCCCCAGUCUCCCUUUUUCAUAACCCAACCAGCAUUUCUAAAAUAUAAAUUUAAAUUAUAUUGCAGUCACCAUGGGGAGAAAAAAAAAAAACCUGUUCAGCGGUAACGAAAGCAUUGUUUGUUUUUUAGGUUGGCACAGCUUUGUAAAAUUCUACCCAGGAUAAACCACUUAUCACCACAAAGUGUACUUGAAAAUAAAGUUUUCAACUCAAAUGAAAGGCAUAUUGCUCACAGUACAAUAGUGAUCUUGCUUUGAAAAGUCUUACAAUUUAUAACAUGGGCAGUAUUUGGAGCUUGAUUAAAAACCAACAACAACCUAUGAGGACUUCACAAACUCAUUCUGGGAUCUCAAAGUGCUUCCAAAGCAUUCGGAUUCACAAUUAACAAAGCAGGCCAUAUUUGUCAUACCCAUACUUGAAACGAAUAAACAGAAGGAGUGACAUAAGAUUACCCAGAAACACAGUGGCAGCUAUCAGUGAUCUAUUUUCUAUCUGUUUGAUAGACCAUCAUGAGAAAUCACGAAUUACAAUGCUAUUUUUCUGAUGUGUGCUAAUAAAGUCAAAGAAAACGAAUACAACUUGA